AAUUAAGCCUAAACAUCAUCCAUCGUUUAUAGACUCUACUCACGAUUUUCAAAAUUCCCAUCAUGUCUCUCUUGGCGUCAUUCUUUGAUUGCUUCUUUCCAAAAUCCGGCUCAAGGAUCAGCUCAACCGAUGAUAGUAACUCGAAAGUUUUGUCUUUGGAGAAACCAAAAAGCAAAUCCAAAUCUACCAGAGCUCCGAUCAUAGUAUCUUAUUUUCCAGUAGGUUCGAAUCUAUCGCGUUUGUAAAAGAACAGGAGAAGAUGAAGUGUUGGAUGUUGACAUAUUUGUUGUAAUGUAAAGCCUUUCUUUUUUUGGUUCAUUUUUGUUUGUUUGAUUAUGUGUAAUAGACUAUUUAGUUUUGAUAACAAUAUAUAGAGACCAUAAAAAUAGAAGUGAAAAUUUUGGCAACAAAAAAUAUGCUUUGUAUUCAGGCGGAAUGAAAAAUUAAUGCAUAAAUACAUGUUUUGUAUAGAAA